CUCGAACAUUCAAUCCUUCCUCCGUAACCCUUCCUCAUCCCUUUCCCCAACUUUUUCACCCACACAUUAUACUAAACAACAAUGCCAACCCACACGCAUGCAUCUGUGCAUAUUUGACUAGUUGAGCUGUUGGGGAAAAAAAAAUAAAAAUCAAGUACUAUGCAAUAUUGCAAUAUUGCAAGUGCUAUCUGCCUAUCUAUCGUUCUUCUCAAACCCCACCACCUCAGCUAAUUAAUGUUAAAUCUAAGUACUACUAUAGUUCUACUAGCGUUCUUUAGCUCUCUUUUUUUCCUCCCAUCAAAUAUCCUUGUCCAAUAUUGGAACAGAAAGAAAGUUAUCCAAGACUAGUCCUUUUCAUCUUUUUCCCUUUGCAUAAAUUUGUUAACUCCCUUCGUAAUUUCUCAGGUUCCAUCCCCGUCCAUCUUAUGAUAUGUGUACAAAACCUUAUUGAACUUCUCCUCUUUUUUCCCUCAAUAGUCUGGAUUCUCUGAGCAUGGCAGUUGAGCGUUUUCAUCGCGUUCUUGUAUAUAGUGUAAUUUCUUGAAGAUUUUGUUUUUGUUUUUCAAAGCGAGGUUUCCAAGUUGAAGAAAGAAGAUAGUAACAAUAUACACGCUGGGGUUUGGUUUUUUUUUUUUUUUAAGCUCAUGGACGAGUUAUACAGAAUUCACACCUCAUUUUCAUGUCCCGAUGGUGGAGCGGUUGAAGUUGGAAGUAUGAGAGGGCUAGAUCGCAGUAGCCCAGUUGAGAAUUUAGUUCAGUUUAGACCUGGUGAAAAUAGUCACGAUGAAGUCAUUGGAUCAGAGAUGUCAGAUCUUUUAAAGAUUCAAAUUGCUAGUCAUCAUCUAUACCCUAACUUAGUUUCUGCCUAUGUUGAAUGCAGAAAGGUUGGAGCACCACCAGAGAUGGCUUCGUUACUUGAAGAAAUUAGCAAAAUAAGUCGCCCCAUAAGCAGUCCUAGCGGGAUAAGUGCUGAUCCUGAACUAGAUCAAUUCAUGGAAUCAUAUUGUGAAGCUCUACAUAGAUAUAAGGAGGAGCUGUUGAAACCGUUUGAUGAAGCGACUACUUUCUUGAGCAAUAUUGAGUUGGAACUCAAUAACCUCUGUAAGGAGAAUUUUACCACAACCACGUCUUCCUCGAUGACCUCCACAAACUAUCAUUCUGAUGAAGCAGGUGUCACAUCCGAUGAGGAUCUAAGCUGUGGAGAAGUUGAAGUUGCCGAGAGUCAAGAAUCUUCUGCUGCUGGUCAAGGUGAGAGUGAGCUCAAAGAGAUGCUGAUGCGCAAAUACAGUGGCUAUCUUAGCAGCUUGAGAAAGGAAUUCUUGAAGAAACGAAAGAAGGGAAAGCUACCAAAGGAUGCAAGGAUAGCACUCCUGGACUGGUGGAACACACAUUAUAGAUGGCCAUAUCCGACGGAAGAGGAGAAAAAUAAGCUAUCCGAGGUAACAGGAUUAGACCAGAAGCAGAUCAACAACUGGUUUAUAAAUCAGAGGAAAAGACACUGGAAACCAUCCGAGGACAUGAGAUUUGCUCUGAUGCAAGGUGUUAGUGCUGGCACUCCAAGUCCAGGAGGACCUAUAUGUUUUGAUACUGCUGGAGGAAAUGGAGGUUUCGGAAUCUAAGAAUGAAAAGUGCUACUAGUUAUAUUAGUUAAGUUGCACACACGAUAGAAUUUAUCUUUACUGACAAAUGUAGCAUGGCAUAUGGAAUUCAUAUCUAGUUCUAUACAGAGUUUUAUUUUCUUUAUCA